AGACCCAGAACGAACGAACGAACAGAGAGAGAAACAAGAGAGAGAAACAAAGAUAGGUCUUCUUCUUCUUCUGCUAGCUCAUGUUUCCUCCAUUGAAAUUCAAAAACUAGCCAAAGUGAUGACGAUUAUCUCUGCACUACUUUAGCAGCUACCACAGUUUGGACAUCAUCAUCAAUGGUAAUAUAUAUAAACAAACCUUGUUUGUUUUCAAGGAAAGAAAGAAAGCUCAAGAAUUUUUAUUUAUGCUAGCUCUUUUCUUUGUUUCUUAACUUAAAUUAGCAUCUCCUUUCUUCUCUGCCUUUACCUAGUUUUAGUACUUAGCUCAAAUAAUAAUAAAAAAAAACCUAAUUCCUCCAUCCAUCCAUCCACAACUACAUAUAUAUAUUCAUUUGAAUACGUACCAAACUCAUGUCAUCAUGUCUUCUGAUCGUGAUACCCUCUCCUCAAUCCUCCUCCAUCACGACCCAUCUUCAAACCCUAACCCUAACUCCAAUCCCGCCAAGCGAAAGCGAAACCUCCCAGGAAACCCAGAUCCAGAUGCGGAAGUCAUAGCUCUCUCUCCCAAAUCUCUCAUGGCUACAAAUCGAUUCCUAUGCGAGAUCUGCAACAAAGGUUUCCAAAGAGACCAAAACCUGCAACUGCACAGAAGAGGCCAUAACCUUCCAUGGAAGCUGAAGCAAAGGAACAACAAAGAGGUCAUCAGGAAGAAGGUCUAUGUCUGCCCGGAGAAAGGCUGCGUCCACAACGACCCUUCUCGAGCCCUCGGCGAUCUAACAGGAAUCAAGAAGCACUUUAGCAGGAAACACGGAGAGAAGAAAUGGAAGUGCGACAAGUGUUCGAAGAAGUAUGCCGUUCAAUCGGACUGGAAAGCCCAUAGCAAGAUUUGUGGGACAAGAGAAUACAAAUGUGACUGUGGAACUAUCUUUUCUAGGAAGGAUAGCUUUAUAACUCACAGAGCUUUCUGUGAUGCAUUAGCUGAAGAGAGCGCAAGAUUCACCGCACUCCCCACACCAAAUUUGGGCUUCUCAACCGAUAUUGGAACCGGGUUGUCGGCCUUUCAGACCAACAACAUUGUCGGAUUACAAUCCCAUCAAAAACCAGUCCUACCACUGUGGUUGGACAAUGGGAUGACGAGUUCUUAUAUGGGGUUGUCGGCCAUUAAUGCUGGCAUGCCCGAAUUGAUACAGCCGGUUCAUGGGAGCUCAUUCGGGCUAUCUCCAGCUCAGCCUCAUUGGUCAACAAAUCUGUCUUCUUCCACGUUACCCGGGGGCGGCGGCGGGAUGGUUCUGAAAGAAGAGAAUAUCAAUGUAGUCGACUCUGCUCCGGGCCAUAUGUCGGCCACAGCCCUUCUACAAAAGGCGGCUCAAAUGGGUUCGACGAGGUCAAGUAAUUCGAGUUUGUUUAGUAGCAGCUUCGGAUUGAUGGGUUCUUCUCAUCAGAAUUCAAAAACCGUAGAGAACAUUAAUCGACACCAAUUGAUGGUGAAUCAGCUCGAUCAUGAUGUGGGCGGCGGGGGCGGGGGGUUUGUAUUUGGCGACCCGGGAAAUAAUAAUUCAUCAGUUGGUGGUGGCGGUGGCGGGUCAUCAGGGUGCAGCAGCCAGAGGAGAGUACAUGUUCUUGACCCUCUGAUGAUGAUGGGUGGUGGUGAUAAGAGCUUGACAAGAGAUUUUUUGGGAGUGGGUGCUGGGAGACGGUUAUUAGAACAAGAGUUAGGAAAGUUUGGAUCCAUUAAUAGUAAUAAUAAUGGUUCGGCCAUGAACUUAGCAGCAGCAGCAGCUGGUCAUGAACAUUUCAAUGAAGAUCGAUCCUAAAUCCUAAUUUAAGUCAUGAUGAGAAUUGAUGUCGGUCGGUCCCUUAUUAUUCUUUUUUUCCAUUUUGAUGUAAUUUUGUUUUGGUUUAUGAUGAAAUGAAGACAUUUCCUUUUUGAA